UCAGAAUUUUAUUUAUUCCGAAUUUCUUUAAAUGGAGGUGGUCCCACGAUACGAAUAUGAGGUUAUUAUUCCACCAGAAGGUGGUUGCGUUUCUCUUGAAUCAGGCGUCUACGGUGUAAAUAAUAUUCACAAACGAAUUACCGACGAUCAUUAUGCUGGAUUUUUUAUUGAUGGGAUGACAAAUGAUGCAGAUAGUUUGCAUGCUCCCUAUGGGGGUGAAAUUGACUAUCAAACUCCAGACACAGUAAGGAGAAAGGACCAUAUCUCUCUGCGAGAAAACUCAAAUUUCUGCAGCACCUCAUCUGUUACACUUCCAGCUCACUUGCAGUAUUUACAGUCUAAUGAACAAUGCAACACAAGUUUCCAUUAUCACUGUCUUCCACUCCAACUGAAAUAUUUUCAUUCACUAAAAAAUUUUGCAAUACUAAGGCAGAUUGGCGUCGGACAAUUUAGUAGUGUUUAUCGAGCUGAGUGCAACCAACCUUAUGGCCUUAAUGUAGCUCUAAAAGUUAUCAAGAUAUUUGAAAUGGUCGAUGCAAAAGCGCGCAAAGAUUGCAUCAAAGAAAUUGACCUAUUGAAAAAAUUAGAUCAUCCAAAUGUCAUUCGUUAUUUGGCCUCUUUUGUGGAGAAUAAUGAAUUAAUCAUUGUUUUAGAACUGGCAGAUGCGGGUGACCUGUCUCACAUGAUUAAGCAUUUUAGAAAGAAGAAACGAUUAAUUCCUGAGAAAACUAUAUGGAAAUAUUUUGUUCAGAUUAGUAGUGGACUGGAUCAUAUGCAUUCGAAACGUAUCAUGCAUCGAGAUAUCAAGCCUGCCAAUGUAUUUAUCAAUGUUAAAGGCCAAGUGAAACUAGGAGAUCUUGGAUUGGGAAGAUAUUUUAGUUCAAAGACUAUGGCAGCUCAUUCCUUAGUUGGUACACCAUAUUACAUGUCACCAGAACGAAUACAUGAACAAGGCUACGAUUUUGCAUCCGAUAUAUGGUCACUUGGUUGCUUACUAUAUGAAAUGGCUGCAUUGCAAUCACCUUUUUAUGGUGAAAAGAUGAAUUUAUUUCGUUUAUGCCAAAAAAUUGAAAAUGGUGAUUAUGCGCCAUUACCGAAAGAAAUUUAUUCAGCUGAGCUUCGUGAAUUAGUUACCAUUUGUAUACAAAAAGAACCAUCGAAUCGACCAACUAUUACACAUAUUUAUAAUAUAGCUAAAGAAAUGAAUGAAUUACUCAAUGGGAAAAUUUCAACCUCUCCUUCAUGCUCCUCCUCCUCCUCCUCUCAACUGGAACAUCAUCGACCAUCAUCGGCCAUUAUGAAAUCAUUCUCUUCCUCCUCGCUAUCGUCUACAACCAAUACACCAUUGAUUAGGAAUAAUACAAAAGAUAAUUUAAAAUUGUGA